AUGGUCGCUGAUGAGCAUGAUGGGGCUGGCGAAGGAGGUGAUCGUUCUGAAGGAGAUUUGGCCGUUUCACAAGAAACAAAUGGGCAGCACCCCAGUCUCGCAGGCCAAUCAUCUCUACAGGCUCCUCCCUCGAUUACCACUUCAACUCUCUCCCCGUCAAGUGCCUCACAUUGCCUGACGAUCUCAUCUACCGACGCUGCCCACUUCACGGAGAAAGAUAAUGUGGCCGACGCUGAUGGCACGGACGAUGUACCAACCGCCGCAGGGAAGACAAUUGGGGAAGGAAGCAAGCACCGGCGGAAAUUCUCGGCAACUUCAAACUUGUCUGUAGACAUCCACGCGACGAGCAGGCAAGACAUAGUCCAAGAGCCGCCAAGGUCACUAUUAAGUCCUGUCUCACCAGAAACGCCACUACAACCACAUUCGCCGCUUUCCCCUUUGAGGUCACCUUCAUUAUCUCGGAGCCGGGACCGUGGGUUUUCUCUUCGCAGGGCGAUUCCGGCGCGCAAUAUUCAUGGACAGCCCGAGAGUAGCAGAUCUGCUAUGGAAUUACAACCAACGGCUGCAUCAGCAGUCCAGCAGGCUUCUACUGGCAGUGAUUUUGGCAAGAAGCCGGAGGCAACGAUCACCAUUUUACCAGACCUCGAGACAGGCGACGACAUGGAGACGCAUCCCCAGUCCAUCAAAAAGGCCCAUGAAUCACUGGAUCUACCACAUUACGAAACAUGGAUCAAAAGCAAAGCAGCUCAUACCGGGCUGCUGUCAAAACUCCGGGCCAUAAAAGGGAGAGUUCGCAAGAAGAUCCUUAAGAUUCAAGAGAUUCCUCCUUCCAAGGAUGGACGACAUAUUGACGUCGAUCCAACUCGGAGGGAGCCUCUUCUAGACGAACGCACUGGUCGGAGAUACAUGAAUAACACUAUCACGUCGAGCAGAUAUACGCUGUAUAACUUCUUACCUCGUCAAAUGUUUGCGCAAUUUUCAAAGUUGGCGAAUUUCUACUUUCUAUGCGUUUCGAUCCUGCAAAUGAUUCCUGGGUUAAGCACCACAGGAACAUAUACGACCAUCGUUCCCCUGGCAUUUUUCGUUACUAUCUCCAUGGCAAAAGAAGGAUAUGAUGAUUUGAGGCGCUAUAGGCUGGACAAGGCGGAGAAUAGAAAGACUGCGAUGGUUCUGCGUGGACACAAAGUCACUGCAACAAGUACAGACAACGUAGAUCGCAGCACCGCGACACCUGAUAAACGGGUUUAUUGGGCAGAAACCAAGUGGGAAGACAUAGGGAUCGGCGACGUUGUCAAACUAGCGCGAGACGAAGCAGCUCCGGCAGAUCUCACCGUAUUACAUACGAACGGGGCCGAGGAGGUGGCCUACGUGGAAACGAUGGCGCUGGAUGGAGAGACCAAUUUAAAGAGCAAACAAGCGUUGCCGCAGUUAGCUAGGUGUUGCAGAACUGUAGAAGACAUCGCCAGCUGCGAAGCUCACAUCGUCGUCGAAGAUCCAAAUCUAGAUCUCUACAACUUCGAGGGCAGAGUCACUGUUGGAGGCGAGACUCUUCCUUUGGCAAACAACGAGAUCAUCUAUCGAGGGAGCGUUCUACGAAACACAUCCGAGGCCAUUGCCAUCGUAGUUUACAGUGGCGAGGAGUGUAAGAUUAGGAUGAAUGCCACGAAGAAUCCUCGAAUCAAGGCUCCUGCUCUUCAAACUGUAGUGAACAAGGUUGUUGUCAUGCUUGUCGUUUUCGUGGUAGUUCUUGCGUUUUUCAAUUCGGCGGCGUACCAAAUCUGGCAGGAAACAACAGAAGAAAAGGCUUGGUACCUCACGAAUGCCGGCGUUGGCUUCUUCCCUAUUCUAGUGUCAUUCAUAAUUCUCUUCAACACGAUGAUUCCACUUUCCUUGUAUGUCAGCCUGGAAAUUGUCAAGCUAUUCCAAACGCUACUCAUGAACGACGUCGACAUGUAUGAUGAAGCCUCCAAUACCCCAAUGGAAGCGAGAACAUCCACGAUCAACGAGGAAUUGGGUCAAGUCAAUUACAUCUUCUCCGAUAAAACGGGUACCUUAACGAAUAAUUCGAUGCGGUUUCGGAAAAUGAGUAUAGCCGGUACAGCUUGGCUUCAUGAUCCAGACGUACAAGAAGAAGCCGUAAACGAGGGCACCCGCAAGCCAGCGCUUCAGAAAAGACACAGCAAAGGCAAGAAGCCUAUCAGACGAGGUAUCAAUAUAUCGACCUCCGGCGAAACAUCAGCGGCUCAAAGCAUGUCUCCUACCUCCUGCGGGUCGGCUGUUGUCCACAACAGCUCGACAAGACCUCGCUGGAAGGCGUCUGCCAAGACCCCUACAUCACAACCAGAGCUUGGCACAGCACAGCUAUUGCAGUACAUACAAUAUCGACCGUAUACUCUAUUCGCUUGGAAGGUCCGCUUUUUCCUGCUUUCAAUAGCUUUGUGCCAUACUUGUUAUCCCGAGAGGAAGCGGGAUGGCGAGAUCGAGUAUCAAGCCGCUUCGCCGGAUGAGCAAGCUUUGGUACGAGCUGCUCAAGAUCUUGGGUACAUUAUGAUUGAAAGACAAAAUUCAACAAUCACUGUCAAAAUGUUCCCUCAGGGCCCCGGCGACGAGCCUACGUUCGAGAUAUACCAAAUACUUGAUGUCAUCGAAUUCUCCAGCAACAGAAAGAGAAUGUCUAUUAUCGUACGCAUGCCCGAUCAUCGCAUAUGCGUUUUCUGCAAGGGAGCGGAUUCGACUCUCAUCCGCUUGCUGCGACUGUCUGGGCUCGCUCUUGCAAAGACGGUCGAGAUCGAGCAACGUGUCAGCAUGAGGCAUAGCCUUGAGGCUCAGGAGGUUCUCAGACGUGCAAGCGAAGCGAAUAGCCGGAAGGACAGCAUGACCCGAAAGAGCAUGAGCAUCCAUCGUCCCAGCCUCGGUGGCAUUACUCGCCCAAGCAUGACCGCUAAACGUCUUCAGCCAAUCCGUGAUGAACUUGAUGACUGGUUGAAGGAUCGUGAGACUGACGUGGACGUGUCUGCUGUCGAUAAUGGCAGCAUCUACUAUUCUCCCCGACCUUCGGCGCACUACGGUCCGACACAACGUCUCGCAAGUCUGGAUGGUAGACCAUCUUUUCGAGGAGAUGAUGCCGACGAGCUGGUAGAAGAGGCUUUGGUCGUCGAUGACGGGGCAGUACUGGAAAGGUGCUUUCAACAUAUCAACGACUUCGCCACAGAAGGUCUUAGGACUCUGCUAUACGCCUACAGGUAUAUGGAAGAGGAUGAAUACGAAUCUUGGAAGAAAAUCUAUCGUGAUGCCUCGACAAGUCUUGUCAACCGUCCUGAGAUGAUCGAAAAGGCAGGAGCCCAGGUGGAGAGAGACCUCGAGCUGGCAGGAGCGACCGCGAUUGAAGAUAAACUACAAAAAGGCGUACCUGAAGCUAUCGAAAAGCUCCGCCGGGCUAAAAUCAAGCUCUGGAUGCUGACUGGAGACAAGCGCGAGACUGCUGUGAACAUAGGACACUCUUGCAGAUUGAUCAAAGACUACUCGUCCAUCACAGUCCUUGAUCACGAGACCGGCGAGGUAAGCCAACGCAUUGCAGCUGCAACUGUCGACAUCAGCAAUGGCCACGUCGCCCAUUCGGUUGUGGUAAUAGACGGCCACACACUCUCUCAAAUCAAUUCCUCUGAAUCGGUCUACAAAUUGUUUAUUUCCUUGGCUAUCCUCGUCGACACGGUCAUCUGCUGCCGCGCUUCCCCUUCCCAGAAGGCCUCCCUUGUCAGCUCCAUCCGCCAUAAAGUCAACAACGCCAUCACGCUUGCAAUCGGUGACGGCGCUAACGACAUAGCCAUGAUCCAAGAAGCUCACGUCGGCAUCGGCAUCACAGGGAAAGAAGGUCUCCAAGCUGCUCGCACGUCUGACUACUCUAUUGCACAAUUCCGAUUCCUCACUAAGUUGCUCCUUGUUCACGGUCGAUGGAAUUACAUUCGUACAUGCAAGUAUACUCUCGGAACCUUCUGGAAGGAGAUGCUGUUUUACCUUACACAAGCCUUGUAUCAGCGCUAUGCAGGCUACACAGGCACCUCUCUCUAUGAGUCCUGGUCACUAUCACUGUUCAACACGCUCUUCACUUCACUCCCCGUUAUCUUCAUGGGAAUCUUUGAGCAGGAUCUUUCUGCUUCUACCCUCAUGGCGGUGCCCGAACUCUACCACUCUCUUGGCCAUCAUAAUGGUGGGUUUAAGAUCAAGAUCUACCUCGCCUGGGUCGCCAUGGCAGCCUCGCAAGCCGUCAUCGUUUUCUUCAUCAUGCUUGGCCUGUUCGGGCAAACGAUGUUCACGACUGACAACGGGCUUUACGCUAUGGGAGCGCUGACUUUCACGGCAUGUAUCUUAGUUAUUGCAACCAAGAUGCAAUUCUGGGAGUUGCAUAACAAGACAUAUACCUCUGCCAUUUCGAUGUUCAUCAGUGUCGGCGGCUGGUUCCUCUGGUUGAUCAUUCUCUCAACUACAUACCACAACAAUAUCAUCUAUGAUGUUAAGGAAGGUUUCCUAGAGAGAUUCGGCAGAAACGCGCUUUGGUGGCUGACGCUUAUACUGGUCUUGGCAGCAUGCUGGGUCCUGGAGAUUGGCGUAAAGGCAGCGCAGUGCUCGUGGCUUCCAAGUGAUGCCGACUGUUUCCGAGAAUUGGAGAAAGAUCCCGCCAUCAAGAAAAGAUUUGAAGAAGCUGCUUCAAUGGAGUCUACUCAUGCCAGAGGUAAUCAUCAUGCAGAUGCAAGUGGAGGUCUCCCACGUCAAAGGACGGCGGAAGAAGAUCGCCAACGGGAGGGCGAAGUACAAGAAAUGCUGGAUCGCCCAAGACAUUCAAGAGAUACAAGUGGUGCUGAGCCCGAAGUUGAGACUGUUCGUACACGGAGGAGACGGCAGCACUCGGAGCCUGAAGUCAAAGCGCAGGAGUACAAGGUCUCAUUCGCAGUGGAGGCGAAAGAAGAUGCGAGAGACGAGGAUGGUGAUGAUGAUGCUAAUGGAAAGGAUAAGCUGCCAAGAAGAAGUGCUGAUGUUUAG